AUGAAGGGUUGUGGGAUUACAGUUAUUGCUCUUGUAAUUUUGCAAUCUUUUCUUGCUUUUUCCUUUGACCCAAGUCCUUUGCAAGAUUUUUGUGUGGCAAUUAAUGAUGCUAGAUCACCUGUAUUUCUGAAUGGCAAGUUCUGCAAAGAUCCAAAAUAUGCCGUCGUCAAUGAUUUCUUAUUCCAAGGACUCAACAAUCCUGGGAACACGGAGAAUCCAAAUGGCUCCAAUGUGACUUUGGUUAACGUAGACAAAUUGCCAGGACUCAACACUCUUGGCGUCUCCUUAGCUCGCAUCGAUUACGCUCCUUAUGGGCUUAACCCACCACAUACCCAUCCACGUGCCACUGAAAUUCUUGUCGUCGUAGAAGGUAGUCUCCUUGUUGGCUUCGUCACCUCUAAUCCCGACAACAAACUUUUCUCGAAACUUUUGUAUAAAGGAGACGUGUUUGUGUUUCCUGUUGGCCUCAUUCACUUUCAGUUCAAUGUUGGCCGUACUCCAGCACUUGCUUUUGCUGGACUCGGCAGCCAAAACCCCGGUGUUAUUACAAUUUCUAACGCUGUGUUUGGAUCCAAACCACUAAUCCCGGUUGAUGUUCUUGAGAAAGCUUUUCAAUUGGAUGCCGAUAUUGUCGCCUAUCUUCAACGGCGAUUUGGUGAACCAUCUAAUUAUUAG